CGGGAGCGGGGCCGGGCCAUGCCGCCGCCCGGGGCCGGGCCGCCCGGGGCCAUGGGCACGGCCGUGGGGCCCAUGAGCCUGCGGGAGCUGCUGCUGGCGGCCGAGGCGGGCGGCGCGGCGGGCGGCGAGGAGGAGGUGUGCGUGGUGGGCAUCUUCGGCAAAACCGCGCUGCAGCUCUGCUCCGAGAAGGAGGCCCUGGUGAGCACCGUGUGCGACCGGCAGGUGUUCCCGCUGUUCCCGGAGGAGGAUCCCGAGCUGGCGGAUGGCGCCGCGGGGCGGGAGGGGGACCCGGCCACCAAGGACUACAACCAGCUGCAGGCGUACUACAGCCAGGAGAGCCGCGUGCUGUACCUGGUGCUCACCUCCAUCUGCGACACGCCGCAGCUGCUGCGCGCCUGCGGAGACCUGGCGGCGGCCGAGAACAGAGAGGCCGGGCCCGGCCACCCCUCCGGAGGCCCGGCCCCGCUUCCCCACGCCGAGGCGCACGAGUUCUGGAAGCACCAGGAGAAGCUGCACUGCCUGAGCCUCCUCUACCUCUUCUCCGUGUGCCACAUCCUGCUGCUGGUGCAUCCCACCUGCUCCUUCGACAUCACCUACGACCGCGUGUUCAGGGCGCUGGACGGGCUGCGGCAGAAGGUGCUGCCCUCCCUGAAGGCUGCCAUCAAGGACUGCCCUGUCGGUAAGGAGUGGAAGCUCAACUGCAGGCCAUGCCCUCCACGCCUCCUCUUCCUCUUCCAGCUCAACGGGGCUCUGAAGGUGGAUCCGCUGCCAAGCAGGGGCCAGGAUCCCUGUGGUCACCUGGAAAAGCCACCCCCCAAGAAGCAUUCCCCCAAGAGGAGGCUGCAGCACGCUCUGGAGGAUCAGAUCUACCGCAUCUUCCGCAAGAGCCGGGUGCUGACCAACCAGAGCAUCAACUGCCUGUUCACCGUGCCCGCCAACCAGGCUUUCGUGUACAUCGUGGCUGGUGGGCCCCAGGACGGAGACGACCCCGUGGCCAUGCUUCUCGACCAGCUCAGGAGCAACUGCACCAUGAGAGAGACUGACUCGCUGCUGGCUCCCACCCUGUCGGGACCCAGGAGGUAUCAGAUGAUGAGGCACGGCCGGCAGCAGCUCUCCUUCCACGCAGAGAGUAGCAGCUCCAGCUCCUCUGGGCAGCUCGUGGACUGCACCCUCAAGGAGUUCUUGUGGCAGCACGUGGAGUUGGUGCUCAGCAAGAAGGGCUUUGAAGACAGCGUGGGGAGGAACCCGCAGCCCUCUCACUUCGAGCUCCCGACCUACCAGAAGUGGGUGGCUGCAGCUCUAAAACUCUAUGAAGUGACCAUCGAAGGCAAAGACGAUGACCCAACCUGUGGCGAGCUGAGCUCAAAAAUCAUGAGCAGCAUCAAAGUUUUGGAAGGCUACUUAGACAUAGACACCAAGUUCUCCGAAAACCGUUGCCAGAAGGCUUUGCCCAUGGCCCACAGCGCCUACCAGUCCAACCUGCCCCACAAUUACACCAUGACAGUGCACAAGAACCAGCUGGCCCAGGCCCUGCGUGUGUACAGCCAGCACGCCCGGGGCCCAGCCUUCCACAAAUACGCCAUGCAGCUCAACGAGGACUGCUACAAGUUCUGGAGCAACGGGCACCAGCUCUGCGAGGAGCGGAGCUUGACAGACCAGCACUGCGUGCACAAGUUCCAUCUGCUCCCCAAAGCAGGGGAAAAGCCAGAAGCAGACAGAAAUCCUCCAAUUCUGUACCACAACAGCCGGGCUCGUUCCACUGGUGCCUGUAACUGUGGAAGGAAGCAAGCUCCUCGGGAGGACCCCUUUGAUAUCAAAGCAGCUAAUUAUGACUUUUACCAGCUGCUGGAAGAGAAAUGCUGUGGAAAACUGGAGCACAUCAACUUCCCCAUAUUUCAGCCAAGCACACCUGACCCGGCGCCUGCUCGGGACGAGGCAUCGCCCGCCCCUCCGGAAGGCGAGAUGGAGAAACUCAAAGAGAAAGAACCUCAGACUCAGGGAGAGAGCACAGGCCUGAGCUUAGCCCUGAGCCUGGGCCAGUCCACAGGCAGCCUGGGCACUUACCCACCCGAUGCCCAGGGUGGAGGGGACAAUGCAGAAAGCCACGGGCAGAGCGGGGACUCCAAGAGUGAGAAGAGGCCGAGCCUGGUGGAUCGCCAGGCUUCCACUGUCGAGUACCUCCCCGGGAUGCUCCAUUCCAACUGCCCCAAAGGCCUUCUGCCCAAAUUCUCCAGUUGGUCACUGGUCAAGCUGGGGCCUGCUAAGGCUUAUAACUUCCACACUGGCUUAGAUCAACAGGGCUUUAUCCCGGGAACAAACUAUUUAAUGCCUUGGGACAUUGUCAUCAGGACGAGAACUGAAGAUGAAGGAGACUUAGACACCAAUUCCUGGCCUGCACCCAACAAGGCUGUUCCUGGGAAAAGAAGCGCGGUGGUGAUGGGAAGAGGCCGGCGGAGGGACGACAUCGCUCGGGCUUUUGUGGGCUUUGAAUAUGAAGAUGCACGUGGGAGGAGGUUCAUGUGCUCGGGGCCUGAUAAGGUGAUGAAGGUGAUGGGAGGGGGGCCGAAGGAAUCUGCCCUGAAAGCCCUCAACUCCGACAUGCCCCUGUACAUCCUGUCCUCGACGCAGGGACGGGGCCUCAAGCCCCACUACGCCCAGUUCAUGAGGCUCUUCGUGGUGGUCCCCGACGCUCCUCUGCAGAUCACCUUAACGCCUCAGGUUCAACCAGGACCACCACCCUGUCCUAUAUUUUACCCUGAGAAGCAGGAAAUCACCCUUCCCUCUGAUGGACUCUGGGUGCUGAGGUUUCCCUAUGCCUACGUGACAGAACGGGGGCCCUGCUUCCCUCCCAAAGAAAGCCAGCAGUUAAUGAGCUACAAAGUUCUCCGAGGAAUACUGAAAGCAAUUACACAGUAAGAAUGGUUUGGGGUGUCUUAAGAAGGCUGUCUUCAAUCCAGCUCGUGGGUUUUGGUUACCCAACAAGUUGUCACUGCAGUUGUGUGAAGCCCCCACUAUAUUUCACUGGAACACGGUCAGAUUGGAAAUAAAAUUAAUAUCAAAGCAGGAAAAGGGAUCUGAGACAUGUAAAUUUUCCAUUUGUUAAGUUUUCAUAUGUAAAAAGUAAAAGCUGGUUUUCAUAAAGUGCUGAUCCUGUAUUACUAGAUGUUUUGAUGACAGUGCUUUUCCCCAUCCUGUCUUUUAUGUACCUGUUUAGGAAUAUUAAAAAAUUAGCACUGCCUAAAAUCAAGAGUUUACUUCGUCAUAUUGAGGCAAUGAUGAGCAAAAUCUUUUCUUUUUCUGAACAAGCUAUUUGUAUGUAAAUUAUGCUUUUAAUGUGAUGAUAGGAGAAAUCAUUUUGUCUUGGGAAAAAAGAAAUAUACUGCAGUUCUGAUGUGUAUUAACAGCAAAGCCAGAAACUGUGCUCACCUGUAUCAAGUGACUGAGUGCCAACAAAUCAGCCACAGUAAAUCGACUUUUAACUGAAGUAAGAUGCAUUAGUGACAGCAGCUGUAUGCUGAGACCUAAUUUAAUUUCUAGAAUAUUUGUUUCUAAUUAGCAUGGACGCAAAAUUUAAUUUGCCAGUUUGCUAUAGUACAGUAAUUACACUGCACGACCGGAGCUGAGACCUGGUUUUUGCUCAGAAUACAUCUGUGAGGGGCUGGGUGAGGAAAACACAUCCCUGCAUCUGGAAUACAGCAUUAGGGGUUGGGUUAGAUGGUCUUUAAAGAUCCUUUCCAAGCAUUCCAUGGUUCUGUGAUCUCUCAGGGAGGCUGAGUGUGGGAAACAUGUCCCUCCUAUUCAGAAUAUGACCUUGCUGAGGGACUGGGUGAAGAAAGCACAUCCCUGCAUUUGGAAUAUGAUAUCUGUGAGGGGUUGGGUGUGGAAAAUUCAUCCCUCCUGUUUGGAAUAUGACAUUAGGGGCUGGACUAGGUGAGCUCUAAAGAUCCAACCCAACGGUUCUAUGAUUUUUUGAGCUCUGAGGGGCUGUGUGGGGAAAGUGCAUCCCUCCCAAUUUGGAAUAGGAUGUGUCUGAGGGGCUGGGUGGGGGAAAACACAUCCCAUCCUUGGGAAUACGACGUCUCUGAGGGGCUGGGUGUGGGAAAAGCAUCCUUCCACCUGUGAGGAGAGAGCCGGUACAACCAGGUGGAAAAUAAAAGCGUGCAAUUGAGAA